AUGAGUUUUGUUGCACAUGAAGAUCAUGCACCACAUGAUUUCUUUAGCAACCACACUAACAACAACGAAGGCAAUAACAACAACAAUAGCAACAAUAGCAAUAGUCAUACUGACUUUCACAGUAUUCUAAGUAGUCGCAACUCACACACAAGACUUUUGGAUGAAAACCACGAUAUACUAGAUGAGUUUUUAGACCAAAGAGUUUACGACUCAAUGGGAACAACCACGCCCAACAACAACACUAAUAUUAAUAACGACAAUGGUGACAGAAACAGCAACAAUCCAAAGAUCAAACAGGAACAAUUCCCAGGAGAAACAUUGAUGAACUCGCUAUAUGCUUUAACUGACAACACGAAUGAUAUCCCUGUUGAGUCAAAUACAUUUGAACAUGGCAUAAAUGGAAGUAAUUUCCCUCAAUUUUCAGAUUUGCCAAAUGGCAGUAAUCACAAUAAUGGCCUUGAUAUGAAUGUUGAUGGUAUUUCUCCACAAGAUAACGACUAUUUGUACAUGGAGUUACCUCAUGACUCGAACUUUUCACACGAUCCCCUCCUGUCUAAGCAUGAGGCGCAGACUCACCAGAACUCGAUAACCAACUCAAUAUUCCAUACCCCUAAUGCCAUGACAUCCCCUGAAGAAACGAAAUCAAUCUCCAACGGCCACGCUGUUGUACAGUCAAACCCAACCUCGUUAUCUGAGUACGAAUUUGUUAGGGAAGAAUUGAACAAACUAAAAUUCGGCUGUCAUCGUAUCAAUGCCGCACCAAAGACCGUCGAUAUCCCUGAUCCUUCGUAUUUGGAUUUCUCCUCAGAAGCUAUGAGUAAGUUGCCACAUAAAAUGGCAUUGUCUGCUUUACCUAGUCACUCGCGUGUGGAAACUCAAAUUAGAUGUGAUAUAACUUUAAAUCCCGCCCCAAAUCAAGCCUUGUUAUACGUGCCACAAGACCUUAUAUCCAAAAACAAGUUUUGCUUGUCAGAUCCAUUGGAAACUUUGCACCCUAGAUUGAGGGAAAAUUUGUUGUUUUUGGAUGCUUAUGUGCUCACUUCUGAUUUACAACAGUCGUGUAACAUCUGCUCGAGGUGUAUCAAAAGAGAACAAAAAAGAGCCUCUCGUGGGAAAGCUGCAGGGGAAAUGGAUGAAGGUCAAUUCAGUGCCACCACCCCUGCUGCUGCUGCUGCUGCUAAUACCACCUCGCCUUCAUCUUCUAAAACACCUGCUGCUAUAAAAAACAAUUCAACUAGUUGGGCUGAUGAGAAAAUGAUGAAAAAGGCAAUAAUAUUCAACUGUAAAGAGAUUGUUUCAUUCCCAUCGCCUUCAGGGUUGAAGAACAACAAUUCAAAGUCAAUUGAGUUAUCUGCAAGAAUAAUAUGUUAUUGCAGACACCAUAAGGAACUGACAGGAUUUAGAGUGUUGAUUUUGAUAAAGAAUAAUAAAGGCGAAGUUGUAGCUAAGCAAUUAUCUUCGCCGAUUAUGAUUAUGGAUCGCAAAAAGAAUAUUCCAUUGACCAAAGAUUCGUUGCCUAAUUCGGUUGUUGGAUCAUCAGUCAAUUUACAGGCACUAGAUGAUACGGGAAGCAAAAAGAAAAGAAUCUCAAACUCUGAUUCCGAAAAUGAACACAAGUUUUCCAACAAUGAGUUUGGACAUCAUUCGUCGCCAAAUUCGGUGGAUGAGUCUGCAUCUGAAGUGCAAACAAACACUGAUGCCGAAUCAAGUCGCGGCCUCAAACGUAAGAAAUUGUCAGUUGAUGAUUCAUACAAUGCUUCUGCCAAUCCAAUGUACAACGGUAGUAUAAGUGGUUAUUCGCCAUUAAGCAACAGUGAUACCAACACAUCGACCAACAUUCAUUUUAUGAAACAACCACUGUACGCUGGAUUAUCGCCUAUGGGCACUCAACACCCUCCCCCAAAUCCACAGUUGCAGCAAAUGCAAACUCCGCAAUCGUCUUCGUCAUCAUCUCAACAGCAGACCUUGCAACGCUUGCCAUCAAUACAACGAAUCAUACCUGCUCAGGGGCCCAUACGUGGUGGUAUUGAAAUUACGCUAUUGGGCUUUAAUUUCCGUCCUGGUUUACUGGUUAAAUUUGGUCCUAACCAAGCGUUGGCUACCCAUUGCUGGUCUGAAACUACAAUUGUGACGUACUUGCCUCCAGCACUGCAGCCAGGGCAAGUUUUGGUUAGUUUUGAAAAUGAGGAGUCCUCAAUAAUUGGUGGACCUCAGCAACAACAGAUAUUCACCUACACUGACGAUACAGACCGACAAUUGAUUGAAUUGGCCUUGCAAAUAGUGGGAUUGAAAAUGAAUGGUAAAUUGGAAGAUGCAAAGAACAUCGCCAAGAGAAUUGUUGGUAGUGAUGCCAGCACUGGAGGUAAUAGUAAUGGUACUGCACCAAACUCGAUGACGGCAUCACCCACAAAUUUGGCUCAGAGUCAAGAAGACGUUCAUGAUUGGUUCAAUAGUGCUCACGCUUCUUUAAAGAAAUUAACAUCCUCUGGUUUGUCCACGCAAGUGAUUUUGAUAAGACUUCUUUCCUUGGUUGAUUUGCCAAAUUGCCCAAUCAUUAUACCCAAUUGGCAACUUGCUAAUACCCAAGGUCAAACGUUGUUGCAUUUAGCCACGAUGAAGAACUAUCACAAGUUGAUCAAAUUUUUGGUCACCCAUGGCUGUAAAAUAGACGUUAAGGAUAACCAAGGUUUGACGCCAUUGUUUUUGGCCUCAAUGUGUGGUCAUCGCAAGUUGAUUCAGUUAUUCAUUGAGUGUAAAUCCAAUUGGAACUUGAAGUUGCUGAAUGAUAAAUACUUGCGCGACUAUUGUGACUUGAACGUUAUUGAUAUGUUUAAGGAAUACGAAGAGCAGUCGUUGCAACAACAGCAGCAGCAUCAGUUAUCACUGGACAUUGGAGAAGACGAUGCUAAUGUCAUUAAGAAGACAACGUCUUUUGAUUCGUUGGAUUCGAUGUUUGACGAUGACUAUGGACGCCACAUUUCAAAGAUGAGCCAGGACGAUGAAGUACACAGGAGGGAUCUUCAAAGCCAGGAUCAACAUGAUAGUGCUAUUUCUGCUUGGGAAGGUAAUAGGAACUAUUCAUCGGAAUUUGCUGAUUCAGAAUUUGAAUCUGAAGAUGAUUAUGAUGAGGAGGAAGCUGAUUAUUGUGAUGAUGAGUAUAGUGAUGGCGAUGACGUUGAAGUCAGUGAUGGAGAAGAAGAUCAUUCACAAGGUGCAGAGUGUACGAGAGAUGCGGAUCAUACUUCUGACGCUCAAGAGCCAUCCAAACCACCGUCGUCUCCAGGUUUGUGGCAAAAAGUCAAGAACGUGUUCAAUAAAGAAGAAGAUAGUGAUUUACCACAAUAUGACGACUUGUUCCCAUUUGGGCCUUCGUCUAGCCUUACAGCCAAGCCCAAGAGUGCUCUCGAACAGUCAAUGAAUGAUGCAACACAAGCCCAAUCAGCUGAAAACACCUCAAGUACGAAUUCUAAGGCUGACCUCGAGCCAACUAGCUCUAAGCUUGCUGAUACAGACACUGACCCUGGUUUGGCGUCCGACUCGUCAGAAGAUAUGGUGGUGACUUAUAUCAAUCAUCCAAGGAAACCAGUUGAACAUGAUAGGAUGUUGGUAUUUUUCUGGAUUCCUGCAUUGGUUGUUAUAUUUGCCCUAUUCUUUAUGGUUUACGUUGUUGGUUACAAUUUCAAGCAACUUGACUAUGCCAAGGAGUUUGUGAGGAACACAGUGGGUAAUCCCAUGGUUGGUAAUGAGCGUAUUACCAAGGUGUUUAAGAGCACAAGUGGAGGCAAAGUUGCCGCAGCAGGAAAUACUGCAACUACUGCGAUACGACGCGUUGUUGAUUUCUAA